AUGGCUUGUGUUGAGAAUAUUCCGCUAGCAAACGGUGAUUCAGAGAUGGAGGAGGGCGAGAUAGUUGAUGAUGUAGACGAUCUGUCGGAUAUAUCAUCGGAGGAAGAGUUUUUGCUUCGGGAAAGAUUGCAAGUUCUAGAGAAUUACAACAACGUCCUUGAACGGAAGAAGGCGAAAAGGUCGUUUAAUGGGUCAGGUAAGCAAAGAGACAACCAUCUUGACUUAUCAGAAGUAUCUGUGCUGGAUUUAGAUGACAGUUUUAUGCAUACUAGUGUUAUACACAAACCUGAAAUAAACAAUCAAAAACAUAAAACAUAUCACAAACAUAAAAGAAGAGAUGAAUUAAAAACUCAUACUAUGUUUAGAAACAAAGACACACACAAGAAGAAGUCUCAUCGCAAGAAAAGGAUUGAACUUAAAGUUAUUAGUGAGUCUAGUGAUGAGUCUGAUGAUGAAUAUAGAAAUAAAAGACGAAAACUAGCUGAUGCUGUUGUAGUGCGUAAACAAAAGCACAACGAUCAGUCAUCAUUGCAAGAUAGAAUACAAAAAAUGUUACACGGAACUAUAGAAAAAAAAUGGGACAUUGGUAUAGAAAAUGAUACUGUGGUUCAACCCUUCAAACCCGCUCUUAAAGUAGAUAAAGAAACGGAAACAGAUAUGCACCCUAUUAUAGAAGACAUCCAUUCUGUGCCACAAUAUCCUACUAAAAAUAUAGCUUUAAAUGUUCCUGAUAAAAUGCUUAAUCAAGAAUCGCAAAAAGAUGGUGACGUAAACCAAGAUUUACAAAAUGAUAAGGAGAAUCAUCAAACAUCUGAAUGUAUUAUCAUAAGCACUGAUGAUGAUGAUACUCAACAUAAUAAUAAUGAUGAUGCUUUGUUAAAAAAUGAUCACUGUCAGGAAACACAAGAUGUUACUGAUUCGAUUACCAAAGAAAAGUGUGAUGAAACAACUGAGAAAGAUAAGGCUUUAGAUUCAGACGAAGAUUUAGAAUUGUUGAGACAGCAUGCUUUAAAAACCAAAGCAGCUAAAACAAAACCAAUUGAAUCAAUCCUAGAACCUGAAAAAAUGAUCUCUGAAGAUGAAGACAGUGAUACAGCUGAGUUAAGAAUCAUAUGCUUAAAGUCAGCAGUAUUAAAGAAAGCGAUGGAAAUUAAAAGAAAACAGAAGUUGAGAAAGAGACUGUCGCAGUCUACCUUACAGGAUGACUUAUUAAAUGAUCAAGAACUGAUGAGUAAAAUUGAAUCAAAUAAUAAUACUGAUAUUGAGUCUGUGGAUAUGGAUAUUGGAUCCGACGGCGAAGAAAAAACAAAAGACGCUCCUAAUGAUAACAUACAACGUAAAGAACCAGCUGUUGUAGGAAAUGGGGUCAUAGGAAACGGCAUCGCCGUAAAUCACGAUGCAGAAGAUGAGUUAGACGAAGACGAGGACUUGUUACGAGCAAAGUUACUAACAUCUUUGAGCAAAAAUUUGCCAAAUCUAGUGGACCCAAAGGUAGUUGACAGCAUCAAUGAUGGUAAAGAAAAUAAAACUGCAGAAAAGUUAGCGCCAACAACUAAACCAUCAGUAAAGUUACCUGAAAAUAGAAUUGUUAUUAACUUGGGCGAAUCUGAUUCUGAAGGUGAACACGAAGCUACUAAGAAUCUUACAAAAAUGCAUAUGAAAUUAUCCGAGCAGAUUGAUUUCCAGGAGAAAUUGGAUAUGUUCUUGAAAUCGACUAGAAUGGAAGUUGAAAAAAGUAACUUACCAGAUGUAGUACAGGAGCCAGCUUUACCGAAAACACCUCAAAAAUUUGUCGCCAAGACUGUUAAUCACUUGCCGAAAUCUGAGCAAAUCGAAUAUAGGAACUUGGUUAAAAGAAUGGCCGAACUAGAAAAAAUAAAAGCAGCUAGGCAAUCAUCAAUAAAUCAGACAACCAAGACCCAAACCAAAGAAACUUUGAAGCCUAGAAAUGUAACUUUGGAUCCUACGAAACUUAUAGCAAUUAAUAAUAAUUUGGAAGAACAAAUUGCGAUGUCAAGGAAAAAUAUAGCAGAAGAAUCAGCGAAAAUGUUAAAACUAAAAGACGAGGCUACCAAAUUGUCUCAUAGAUACAAAAUAGUGGCCACAGAAUUGAAAAACAUUAGCACAGCAAUAACGCUGAACAAGAAAGAACAGCGGACUGUUCAAAGUCGGCUGUCAAGAAUCAGGAUCCAGCAUCAAAAAUUGCUAAAUGGCACAACUCCCAAACAUUCCAAAGGAAAUGGUCAACUUCCUGCUAUCAAUAGACCAACUAAUAAAACUGCUUCCACAAACAAGAUGCAAAAAGAGAAUGAGCCAUCUAAAGAGGAACUGAAACCUUCAAUCUUUCAAUCUAUGAAAGUAAAUGUUGUUAACGAUUUGAGAGAAGAAACCAUUGUACCUAAUCCUAGAUUGUCAGUUCAAGUAGAUGUUAGCAGUAAUUUGAAAACAGUUAAAAUAAGCAAUGAAAGAUUUGGGGACGCCCAGCAAAAUUCAUUAGAAGAUAUGAUCUCUUCAGAGAUUGUAAAAGAAAACGAAGCUAGUCUUCCAGUAGUUGAAAAGGGUGGAGGGAGUGGAAGGAACAGCGGAGAAAUAACAACCCAAAGAACUGACAGGAGAAUGGAAUUCGACGAUUACGAAUCCCCUCUCCAAGCUUUAGGCAAUGCAACCUGGGAGGCUGACCCGAACGCGAUCCUCUGCCCGUUCGAAGUCUGCGGCAAUUGCAAGGAUCCCGAUUGCAAAUUCUUGCAUCCCAAAGCCUCCACACAUUAAUACUGUACAAUUACACUCCACAUUCACACAAACGUAUACUCCGAACAAGCUUUUUAUAUUUCUUCCAUCUUCCUGACUCCUUCGACAGCGAAUGGACAACGACGAUGUGUAAAGUAUAUUAUACAGCUUCAUAUUUAAUUCAUUGUCAUGCAUGUUAUAAAUAAUUGUAUUUUCAAGCACUUGGCCUUGCUUUUACAUGAAUUCAAACAAUGUACUUACAAGUACUGAACACCUGUCCUUUGUUAUCGUAGCGUGAUAAAAUGAAUAUGAAUUCCAUUAUCAUCGACGGUAUCAAGCUUCGUUUACGUUUAAAACUUUACUAUUUUAAAUUUUAUUAGUAGAUCUAAGGGGUGACCGGAGAUCAUGAAGUUAUUUAUCCCAAUAUUAUUUAUAACCAGAAAUACAGACGAAAUGUAAUUUGUUUGAAAGCUAUUAUGCCAAAUCAUUACGGUGACAACUGCGCUCCGAUUGGGCGGCCCGAAUUCGAAACAAUUGACGGGUGUCGUCAAUAGUUUCACUUUAAAUCGACCAGUUUAACUUGAACUUUGCUGUAAUGGACGAAAAUUGAAAAUAUUUAAUUAAAUCAUUAUCUAUCGGUAAUGAAGUGAACUUAUUUGGGUAAAAUUGAAACCAAGAAGCCAUCAAAACUAUAACGAUUGGGUGUCAAAAGCGACAUUUCGAACGGUGAUACUUCACCAUCACCAUGUGUGAUAAGUUAUCGCACUUGGUGAUGAUAACAUGUGUGACAAAGUAUUUGCCUUGCCUAUUCGACAAAUACAGCAAACACCAAACAGUUCACACUAUGUUCAUAUUAAUUAUUUUAACUCUUUAGUUGGCGUAUGUGUAGAUGGUCAUAUUUGUCAAUGUCUGUCUGUAGUACGUCAAAUAUUUUUCCAAGUACAUCAAACACCCAAUGGAGAUUUAGUAUGUAAAGUGUCUUCAAUAAUAGACAAUUAUUUACUUAGAAUAAAAACAAUAGUAUCAUAACGAACGCCUCGCAAAUACAGAAUAUUCCAUUCAGUUUAAGGACUUUCAAAUAGUUGGUUUGGAGAUCCGCGGUCACCCCUGGGUUAUUAAUUUUGUUUUAAAGUUAAAGUCUAACAUGUUGAUAAUAUGCGGUUUUAGUUGGCGUCUGGCAAUGACAGCCGUCGCGCCUGCGGAUGUGGUAAGUGUCUUAGGUAUAAUUGUGCACUAGUAGUGGUUUCAACUCGCUGUACCUACUUCGUGACUACGAACUCUAGAGGCUGCGACCACGCAUCGACAAUGGUAAAGUUGCGGUCAAAACUAGUUUAAGACUUUUUUUAUUACUUAAUUUUCAAAACAUUGUCUAUUGUGUAAAAAACU